ACAAUCCCAAUAUCCCCUCUUUCUCUCUCUCUCUCUCUCACUGAACAAGCAAAUUUAGUUCACAGUUGAUCAACAGAAAAAAAUCAUGGGCAUUUCAAAAAAUGUCUUGGGCUUCUUUAUUGUUCUAGUAGGGAUGGUCUUCUGUGUGGGGGUGAAUGGGCAGCCUCUAGUACCAGCAUUGUUCAUAUUUGGGGACUCAGUGAAUGAUGCAGGGAAUAACAACCACGUUUCCACCAUUGUCAAAGCUAACUUCCCUCCUUAUGGCAGAGACUUCCUCCGUCGUCACAGAGCUACCGGAAGGUUCUGCAAUGGCAGGCUUGCUGUUGAUUUCACUGCUGAGAACAUAGGUUUCACUUCAUACCCACCAGCUUAUCUUAGCAAGAAAGCAAGAGGGAAGAACCUCUUGAUUGGAGCCAACUUUGCCUCUGCUUCUUCUGGCUUUUAUGAACCUACUGCAAAAUUAUAUCACACAAUACCAUUGAGUAAACAGCUGGAAUACUACAAGGAGUACCAGAAGAGAAUAGUUGGAAUUGCUGGGCAAGCCAAUGCUUCUUCCAUUAUCAAUGGUUCGGUCUACUUCAUCAGUGCUGGUAGUAGUGACUUUGUUCAAAACUAUUACAUCAAUCCUCUUCUCUACAAGGUCUACACACCAGAUCAGUUCUCUGACAUCCUCAUUCACUCCUAUUCCACUUUUGUUCAGGAGCUAUAUGGAUUGGGAGCAAGGAGGAUUGGAGUGACUACUCUGCCACCACUUGGAUGCUUGCCAGCAACCAUUACAAUAUUUGGAUCUGAUAGCAAUGAAUGUGUGGCCAAAUUAAACAAGGCUGCAAUCUCAUUCAACAAGAAGCUCAAUGUUACCUCUCAGAGUUUGCAAAACAAGCUCUCCAACCUCACCCUUGUUGUCUUGGAUGUCUACCAGCCUCUAUAUGACCUUGUCACAAACACUUCUAAUUAUGGAUUUGCAGAGGCAAGGAAGGCAUGUUGUGGAACAGGGUUAAUAGAGACAUCAAUAUUAUGCGAUGCAAAGUCCCCUGGAACUUGCGCUAAUGCUACUGAGUAUGUGUUCUGGGAUGGCUUCCAUCCCACUGAAGCUGCCAACAACCUCCUAUCCAACAAUCUGCUCAUCAGUGGCAUCGCUCUCAUCUCCUAAUUAAACUCAAACACUCGAAUCAAAAUAUUCACACUUGCAUUUGCAGCAUUUUCCUAAAUUGAUGAAUUCGCUUUUAGUAAUGUUCUUGAUACACAGUCAAUUUGGUUGGGUUUUUUUUUUUUUUUUUGGUAUGUGUGUGACUUCAAUUGAAUAAUGAAGGUGCAACAUGCUUGAUAUAUAUGUAUGUGAAAGGUGUACCUUGGAUUUCAAUGAUGAUGAGAUUACUACUUUAAUUAAACUUCAUUUGUAAA